AUGGUGCGCGCGCGCCCGCCGUUCUUGGGCGCGAAGCUCCCGCUGCUCGAUGCGCGCCUUUGUUUAAUUCGUUUUUAUGGCACAGGAUUACAGCCCAACAAGGUGGCGAGCGAUAGAGCGAACAACAACAACGGAAUAUGUUUGCUUAAUGUUGCAGGAGCGGAUUUUGGAGCUGCAAGUCGCAACAAGUGCGGUGUGAAAAUGGCAAUGUGGGCCGAUGGAGCUGCAAACGGCUCGCACCUGCUCUGCCUGGCGCUCCCGAAGCUGAUCCUGGAGCGCGUUGCGUCGCGCAGCCUGGGUAUCGCGCUCUUGCUGCCUACUUUUCAGGAGAGCCUGGUGUGCAAAUUGUAG